GCUUUUAACCACUGAAGGCAGACAGUGUGAGGUGCAGUCACUGCUCGGCUCGCACAAAGGAAAUCAAACCCCUCCGUAGGCAUAGUAAUUACCUUCUUCAGAAAACAUGGAGAAAAUUACACCAGCCAAAGAGCUGAACGCUGUUAUUUUGGGAUCAAAAAGCUCCCACAAAUAUCUCGUUGGGAACAUCAUCCUGGGAACAAGUGCGUUUGACGCAACGGAUGCGACAUUUGAUGCUGAGAGGCGAGCGGGAGAGGUAUGCGGGAAAAGCGUGACACUGGUAAGUGUCCCCGGGUGGCUGCGAGGAUAUACACUCUGUGAUACGCCAGAACUUGUCCGGACGGAGGCGAUUCUCAGCGUCACGCUCUGUCCACCUGAAUUGCAUGGAUUUAUCCUGGUGAUUAAUGUCGAGCAGCCAUUCAGAAGGGUACACAAGAAGGCAACCAAGGAGCACUUGGAGCAUUUUUUCGGUGAGAAGGUUUGGGAUCACACUUUCGUGGUGUUCACCCACAGAGGCGAACUAGGCCACAAGAACAUUGAGGAUUACAUCAGAGAGGAAGGGGCGCCGCUGAAGUCGCUCCUGGAGACCUGUGGUAACAGAUACCAUGUUCUUGUCGACGAAGGCGCAGACAACAGCGCGAAGGUCAAAGAGCUGUUUGAGAAGAUUGACGCCAUGGUGGCAGACAACCAUUAUGAAGUUGAGAGCGCACUGGUGCAAAGUGUGAAGGAGCGCAGGAAGGAAGUGGACGAAAAAGCAGAGAAGUUGUGUCAGCAGUCACAACAACGCAGGCAAACACUCAGAAGUCUCCUGUUAGACCCAAAGCCCAACCUGAGGAUAUUGAUGGUCGGCUGGGUGUUUUCCGGGAAGAGUGCCACUGGGAACAGGAUUCUGGGAGCUCAAGUGUUUCAGUCUGGUGACCGGACCAUGAAAGUCUUAAAGUAAAUUGGAGAG